AUGGCAUCUUAUGAGUGUAGUCUUCAGGGUCUAGUAGUUGGUCAAGAACAAAAAGAUGCUUUGCUUGAACGUCUUGUAGGAAUCUGUGGCAAUGAUGCGAUGAUUGAAUUAUUUGAACACGAAAUCAUCUUUACACCUACUGUACAGACACCAAUUGGACCAGCACGUAAUGACGAUGUUGUACUUCGAUUGCAAUCACGCAUUCAAACAGAACAAGAAAGAAGUUUGAAACAUCGUCAAUGGUAUCUUGCUAUGCAAGGACAUCCAGAACCACAGCGUGGAAGAGCAGUAACAGUGCGCCCAAACACAAGAGUUCAGCUGAGAGGUGAUGCAUUUCGAUUUAUGAAAUCAUUGGGGUACAGUUAUUCGUUUGAGAUUGUAAGGAAAGGACAUUUGCUGUCUUAUGAGAAGAUUCUUAAAAUCAUGCCAAAGAUAAAAGUUGAUAUUUCAACUGCUAUUUCCAUUCAAGAUUCAUCUUUGUGGCUUGUCGAGGUUGUGUCUAUUCCAGUAACUCAAGAACAAGUCAGUCAAAUGGCGGAACAGUUGACUAAAUUCAAGACACUAUUAAACGGAAGCGUAGAAUUGGAAUAUGUGGACACAAGAGCUGUUCAGAAUAAGGUCCACUACACCUGA